AAAAAGUGUAUAACUCACCCUUCCUCUCUCUCUCUCUCUCUCUCUCUCUCUCUCUCUCUUUCUCUCUUUCUAUCUAUUUUUCUUUCUUUUUUGUUCCCUAUCUUAGAACGUUCUCUAUUAUUCCAUUCGUACUGUCCUUUUUCUUAUUAUCCGACGUUAAAACAUAACCAGUAACAUCAAUCCUUCCUUAUCCGAAUAAACAAUCGUGGCCUAGAAUAAUCUAACGCCAUAUUUCCGUAUAUAAAGUAGCAAGAAAAUUAGAAGAAAAGAAACGAAAAAAAGAAAAAAAAACAAGUUAGAUCUAGUUAGAUCGACACGCCGCCAGUUUGAAAGGGAAAGAAAAACAAAGUGAUAUUUAUCAAUUACUCCAUCCAAUCGGUAAAUAUUUUUUAUUGAAAUAUUAUCAUAUACCGUACAACUUGGACAAAGCAACAAUGGGCGUGGAAAAUAAGAUGUCAGAGAAGAAUUUCGAGAUGAGGGAAACAGCUGCUCGUAUCUGUCGAGAUUAUCUUCAUGGUGUUUGGAAACGAGUUACAGCGGAGAAUAUCACCCUUAAACGUAUCAGUGGAGGCCUCAGUAAUUGGCUUUACAACGUUCAGCUGCCAGACGGUGCUGUCCCGAUACGCGGCGAGCCGCGGCAAGUUUUAUUACGACUGUACGGUCAAGUACAUGGGGAAAGGGCGUUGGAAGGACUUAUCACCGAAUCGGUCAUCUUCACGCUACUUUCAGAGAGGCGACUUGGCCCAAAAUUACAUGGUAUAUUUCCCGGUGGUCGUAUAGAAGAGUAUAUACCGGCUAGACCAUUAUUAACUAAAGAAUUGUCCGAUCCAACAUUGAGCUUGAUGAUAGCUGAAAAAUUGGGACAGAUACAUACUAUGCAAGUCCCAAUUAGUAAAGAACCAACUUGGCUAUGGGAUACUAUGACCAAGUGGCUUGCUACGGCGACAGAUAUUUUAGAAAAUAUUGAUGAGAUUGAUUCGCGCCAACACGAUAACGUCUACGUUUUGCGAUCGAUCGAUCUCGAACAUGAGAUAAAUUGGUUCAGAGAUCUCGUUGCACAAGAAAAACAUCCGGUCGUAUUUUGUCAUAACGAUAUGCAAGAGGGUAACAUCCUUCUUCGGCAAAAUUCGCGAAAGACCGAAUUGGUUGUUAUCGACUUUGAAUAUUGUUCCUACAACUACCGAGGUUUUGAUAUCGCUAAUCAUUUCAUCGAAUGGCAGUACGAUUACACAGCGGCGAAAUAUCCAUUCUUCCAUGAACGAACAGGGGCUGGACCUACGAAAGAGCAGAAGCUCGAUUUUAUCAAGAGUUACUUGAGAACAGUCCAGAAGGAAUCUCAGGCAGAAGAAGAACGUAUAAUGAUGGAAAUAAAAGUAUUUUCGUUAGCCAGUCACCUGUUUUGGGGCCUUUGGAGUAUCGUCAAUGCCAAAUUAUCUGAAAUACCAUUUGGAUAUUGGGAUUAUGCAGUAUGUAGGCUACAAAAUUAUCAAUGUUUGAAAGAAAAAUUAUUAAUUCCUGGACCUCCUACAUUGGAUGGUGCUAUUAGAAGAAAAGUAACGGAUACUGAUUGAAACAACGACGCAUCACUAUCAUCAGCGAGUGAAACUCUUCACCCUUUUGAGGGAAGUUUAAUUUUUAUCAGCCUUAGACAUCAGUAUGCGCAAUGGAUGAACACAGAAAACGUAACAGUAAAAAAUAUGGCUGAUGAAAGAGAUUUAAUCAUUGACAAAAUUAUCAACAUACAAAGACGAAUCUUUCCAUUUGAUAUGUUUUUCAUGGAGAAAUGGAAAGAAUUCACGGUGAAAGGAUGUGAUAUAGCAUAAAUAAAUCGCUUCAUAAUCUUAUGAGAAAAGAUUUAACAGAUCGGAAGUAUAAUGAGGAAUAGAAAAAUCGAAAGGAAUGGAUAAUAUCAUAAACAAAAAUAUAAAAAAAAAUUAAGAACAUAUGCGAAAAGCGAAGAUGAUGCACCGCCAUCAUAACGAUCAUUAAAAUUUGAUAAAUGUGUGUCUUAACUGUUUAAAAUGUGAAAGUGAACUUGCCUACAAAUAAUUGCACUGUACUUAACAAACUUAGAUUAUACAGGAAUUCACAUUUAUUUUUUCAUAUAUAUAUAAAAAAAAAAUUUUGCACGCGCUUAGUAUAGAAUCUGAUACGGUAGCUUAUUUAUGAUCGCACGUAAUGAUAUUAAUCUGUAAAUAUUUCGACAAAAUUUAACAGCAAUAACUUCUGUUUUUAAUAAUUUGCACAUUAAUAAUUGAUAUUUUACAUUGGAUUAUACACACACACACACACACAUACAGAGAGAAAGAGAGAGAGAGAUAGAAUGAGAAAGAGAGAGAAGGGAAGUAAAUAGAAUUGCCAUCAUAAAUCAUUUAUAGCAAAAGACAAAUUGGUAGAAUUAAGUUGGGCAGAUGAUUUUACUAUCAGUCACAAGUAUCUAUUUGAUGAUGCACAAACAAACGAUUUUCGUUAUAUAAUUAGGAAUAUUUUAAUUAUAUUACAUUAAAUUAAUACUGAAAGAAAAUCAUUAUCAUAUUUAUAUCAUUAACAUAGUUCAUAUCGUGACGAUGAUGAUGUCCAUUUAUAAAUUUCUUGACUGCUCUCUACCAGUGUUGUAUAUUGCUUCAUAUUUUAUUGCACGAUGAUAAUAUAUCGCAUUUUUAUUGUACAUAUAUAUAGGGACAGUAUAAUAAUAGCAAAGAUUCUUUGACAAAUAUUUGAAUCUUAUAUUGUAAAUAUAUACACGUAUAUAUAUAUAUAUAUAUAGAUAUAUAUAUAUAUAUAUAUUUUUAAAUAAAGAUGCUCUUUAAAAAUGUUCAUUUUAUUAUAUUAUCGAAAUUAUCGAUUAAAUAUAUUUGUUUUUUACCUUUUGUUAAAUAAAUAAACAUAUUUUUGCAUAUCGGCAAACUAUAUGUAACGCCGCUUUUAGUUUAUAUUUUUAAUAAUAAAGAUAAUUUUCAAUAGAUCAACUUUUGAUGAUACUAUACAUAUGAAUGUGAAGAACAUUAUUAAUUGGUAGAAUAAAUAUUCUUUAUCGUA